UCAACAUCGAAGGUCUUCAAUCACAAUGAAUGACAGUGACUUUGUGGAGGCACAGGAUGUGCCAAGAGAUGAGAGCCUGGCCAAGGUGGAGAUCGCGCUGCUCAGUGUCGUCUUCGUGAGCGCCGCCGUCCUCAACACCAGCCUGCUGCUCGUCCUGUGGAAACAGCGCAAACAGAUGUCCAGAAUGCGCGUCUUCGUGUUCCACCUGUGCCUGGCGGACCUGGUGGUCACUUUCUUCCAGGUGUGUCCGCAGCUUUUGUGGGACAUCACAGACAGGUUCGUCGGACCGGACUUGGUGUGCCGACUUGUGAAAUAUUUGCAAGUUCUCGGCAUGUUUUCAUCGACCUACAUGAUCGUGGUGAUGACAGUUGACAGGUACCAGGCUAUCUGCAACCCGAUGGUAAAGUUUCAGCGGACACGCACGAGACUAAAUGUCCCCGUGUGCGUUGCGUGGGGGAUUUCUCUGCUGGGCAGCUUGCCUCAGGUCUUCAUUUUCUCACAGGUGGAGGUUACACCGGGUGUGUUUGAUUGCUGGGCUACAUUUAUCCAGCCAUGGGGGCUGCAGACUUACAUCACCUGGACCACGCUGGUCAUUUUUGUUUUACCCGUUAUCACAGUUGUUGUUUGCCAAGUCCGCAUCUGCCGAGCCAUCCAGAUCAACAUCUACCAAAAGACUCAGCAGAAAGGAACGGUGGGUUUGCCAUCCAGAGCCAGCGGUGUGGCUGGCAUGUCGAAGGCUAGAGUGAAAACACUGAAGAUGACGGUGGUCAUAGUACUUGCUUAUAUUGUCUGCUGGGCUCCGUUUUUCACUGUCCAGCUGUGGUCCGCGUGGGACAAGCAGGCGCCUAAAGAAACUGCUACUUUCACCAUCCUGAUGUUGCUUGCCAGCCUGAACAGCUGCGCGAAUCCCUGCAUUUACCUUUUGUUCAGCGGUCAGGUUCCCAAGAGGCUGGUGUCGCUCCUGUGCAGGAGGCAUUCAGGCGGAAAGGACUCAGUGCACGAGGAAGCGACGCUGGUCAGCACUUUGUAUCUAAGCUUAAAAAAUCCCCCCGAGUCCAAGUGAAGGUAGCGCAUUACUAAAAAUGGGAAACUCCUGCAGGGCAAACCGUGCAAAGUCUGCGCGCCUGGAUAUGCUGCCUCUCUGAAUUUUAGCAACCGUUUCAAAGGAUGAAGGCAACGCAUGCUGUAUGUUAUUUGGCACAUAAAAAGAUAUCGUGUGUAGUAAAAAGCAGCCAACAAAGGCGAGAGAGUGAGAACAACAUGCUGUUGGAUAACAGCAUCUGGAGAGACUAAACAACUGGUGUGGAUCAUCAAGCUGUUUGGAUAAAUCUUUUUACUUUGAGAAAUAAAAUAUUCAUCCCAUUUAGUGG